AUCACUUUGGCUGUCUGCACACAUUAGAUUCCCACACACACUCAUACACACACACACACACACACACACACACACGAUACGUCUGACGUUUCAGCAUCUCAGAGUGUGUGCCUGCAGUGGUGUGUAUGGUGUGUGUGUGUGUGUGUGUGUGUGUGUGUGUAUGUGUGUGUGUCUCUGCUCGGGCAUCCCUCAUCUGCAUCCCCUGAAGUUGUAACUCUGGCUGAUCGGUACCGCUGAAAGAAGUAGAAGAAGUAAAUAAGCGAGAGGAGAGAGGACAGCAGAGUGGUCCAGAGAGGUUGAGAGGUGAGAGAAGCUUCGGUAAAUAGAGGUGUGACUGAGACUCUAUGAGUAAGGUGUCCCGUCUCCACAUGCUGUGCUCUAUGGCGAACUCCGGCUGUGUGCUCCUGCCUGGGUCCGGGAUGUUGCCCCAUUCUCUGCAAUGCCCCCCAGCCUUCCUCUAUCUGCCCCAGGGCAACCAAGAGGCCCCAACUCCCCCUGAAGCCAUGGCGCAACCCUUUCCACCAGCCCAGUAUGCCCCUCCACCACAGAAUGGAAUCCCAGCUGAGUACGGCACGCCCCACACCCAUCCACCUGCCGACUAUACGGGAUCAAGCACAGUGACUGAGCACACCCUGACGCUGUACACACCGACACACACACAGAAUGAGCAGCCAGGAAAUGAUAACACCCCCACCCUCACAGCCAACACAGUAACGCAGGCAGAGGAGGUUGCACAGACAGAGGGAUCCCAGCAGCUACACCUGCAGCCCAGUGAUUCAUCGGAGAAGCAACAGCCCAAGAGGUUACACGUCUCCAACAUCCCUUUCCGUUUCCGAGACCCUGACCUCCGGCAAAUGUUUGGGCAAUUUGGCAAGAUUUUAGACGUGGAGAUUAUUUUUAAUGAGCGAGGCUCCAAGGGCUUUGGGUUUGUAACAUUUGAAACGAGUGCAGAUGCAGACCGUGCACGGGAGAAACUAAAUGGUACAAUCGUAGAGGGACGCAAAAUAGAGGUCAACAAUGCCACCGCCAGAGUAAUGACCAACAAAAAGGUGGCGAACCCCUACACAAAUGGCUGGAAGCUGAAUCCAGUAGUUGGAGCAGUAUAUGGACCUGAAUUUUAUGCAGUCACAGGAUUCCCAUACCCCAGUACAGGAGCAGCUGUAGCCUAUAGAGGGACCCAUUUGAGAGGGAGGGGUCGCGCUGUCUACAACACGUUCCGUGCUGCACCUCCUCCUCCACCAAUUCCUGCAUAUGGGGCUGUGGUCUACCAAGAUGGCUUUUAUGGGGCAGAAAUAUAUGGAGGGUAUGCAGCUUACAGAUAUGCUCAGCCAGCUGGUACGGCCGCAGCAGCAUACAGUGACAGUUAUGGCAGAGUCUAUGCAACAGCAGACCCAUAUCAUCACACGAUUGGUCCUGCAGCCACAUACAGUGUGGGCACUAUGGCUAGCCUUUACAGAGGAGGGUGCAGUCGCUUCACUCCCUACUAGAAAAGAGGGAGACGUCCCCUUUCCUUCCCUGCAAAACAGAAAAACAAACAGCAACUAAUGAAAUGACUAAAUAUUCACCCUCUUCAUGGGAAACUAAACAUAAAAUGCUUCCAGGUGUUAAAUGUGAACCUGAAACACAAAAAACAUUCUCAAGUUCCUUCCCUAUUUAUCAGUGUGUACACAUUGUCAUAUAUUAAUGUCAUGUAUUUACUUUGGAAAAAAAGAAGUAUUUUGCUCUUUGUUGACUUGAAUGUAUUUGCAUUGACAUGUCUGUAGUAAAAAAAAAAAAAAAGAUAACAGUACUCAACAUGGUCAAAGUGGGGAAUGAGUUGAAGUAGGAAACUUUUAGUUUCCCUCCUCACUCUGUUCCUCUCUAAGUUACUGGUCCGCAACUCAGCUCCUCCCCAUGUGCGCAAAUAUUCAGCAAUUCCAGUUUGAGCAACAAAUUGCUAUUGGAUUUAGAAGUAAAUGAUACAGCCAUUCCACCCCUUUUCGAGAACUGGCUCCAAUUUUAAUGAGCCAAUAACUGGAGCUGAGUUUCAGGCUGACUUGAUAGAGCUUAGAGCAGUUCAGCUCAAAGAAGAUGAAACUGCAACAAAGUGGCUAGGCCCUCCAGGAAGUGACGCAUUGUGAAAAUCAUAGGGUGCUAGGAUGUAUUACUCAAUCUGAAUUUGUGAGGAAGUGAUGUAUAUCAGAGUGUGGAGCAAGAGCUAUGAGACAGGCAAGAGGUUCCUAUCACUGCUGAAUGCAUUUUAAAGGAGCAAACUAUUGUUUACACACAAUACUUCACUGUUCACUGUUUCAUGUACCCUCAUGUGCUGCAUACAAGCAAUAAUACAACAUUGGCUAUAUGCUGAUAUGGAGAAAAAACUGACAAGUAGAGUUCCUCUUAGUGCACAGAAGGGAGACAGUGAUCUUCUCAAAUUUAGUUUGAAUACUCACAAACACAUUUUAAUCUCAUGUGUACGUUAAAGCUGCGUUAAUCCCAUUUUCUGCCACUAGGGGCAGAAAACAUUGAAAACGUGCUGAAGGAUACAGCAUCACACAUCACUGGCUAACAUACUAGCAAUAACAAAUCAAAUGUCUACUUUCACAGCCAACAGACAAAUCAUCAAGUUACCAUCUGGGGCCAUGCGAGUCCAAUAUUCAUUCACGUAUCAGAUCUGGUUUGGUCUGCACUAGCCUGAUUAAACCAAGUUUCAUCCUACUCAGCCUGACAUGAAAACUUUAUCCAGUUGAUAAUGAAUCACAUCAUUUUCAGAGCAGAUGGAAACUGUGAUAGCAGCUGU